AUGGUCGUCCUGGAGUCACUUCAAAGCUCGACGUCGCGCUUCUCCCGAGUCCAGCCUGGCGUCAUCUUAAAAUACCCCGUAGAAGUCUGGAAAGAAAGCCGUGCUUUCCAAAGGCUGACGGAUGAAAUCGCCAACAGUUUUUCGGUCGAGCGUCAAAUUUUCAACAAACUGGGAGUACAUCCCAGAAUCGUGAGAUACCUUGGAUGGCAAGACACCGCACGAGGGUUGCUCCUUGCUGAGGCCAGCCACGGCAGCCUCCAACAAUAUCUCGACGAGCACUACGAUACUAUCCCCCAUUUCGUCCGAAAGAAAUGGUGUCGACAAGUUGUCGAAUCGAUCGUGUAUAUUCACCACCAGGGUGUAAUACACUCGGAUCUACGCCCUGACAACUUCUUGGUUCACGCCACUACGCCGGAGUGCCUAGAUCUAUGGCUUUGCGACUUCGGUGGUUCAACGUGCGAGGAGCUCGGUCUAGACGGCAAGCAUCUUCCAGAUCCCGGAUUCUUUGAUCCAAAUUCGAAGUGGGUGUCAACACCGGCCACAGACAUAUUCAGCGUCGGAUCUAUUCUCUACACUAUCCUGACCGGACACUGGCCCCACCGAGGCCCUGGACCUUUCAAGACUGCGGAGGAAAUGGAAAGCUAUGACCGGCUAGUCGACGGACUUUUCGGGGAAGGCAAAUUCCCUGAUGUUAAAGGGCUGUUUGGAGAGAGGGUUAUCUGGGGUUGUUGGACAAAGGAAUACACCAAUGCGGAUGACGUUCUGCAAGCACUGGACUCAGAAACGGCACAGACAAGCAAAUGCGGGUCUUGAAUUCCGGACUACGAGAAUUACUGUUCCUCCCCCUCCCUGUGCCCUUUUUACCAAUAUGCGUCACAAUUCAAAUCCAGCAAUGUCUAGUCCUCGAUACAGGCUUUAGUUCUAUUAGCACUAUAAUCACUGAAUGCAAAUCAAUGUAGCG